ACAAUUUUUCUUUUUGAGAUUUGAAAUUUCUUUCAACUUCGGAAAAAUCAAUACUUUGUAGGUUAUCUCAAACACAAUACUGAUAAACCUUAAACUGUUAUUACUAAUAUAAAUCGCCUGACGAAGCUCGAGACAAAAAGUGGCACCUACUUACCUAGUCGAAGUAACCUUCACGCUGCACAAGAUAACGAGUUCACCAUUCUAUUACCCCCGUUCGCUGUUGCACCUACAAUACAGUUCAAUCAACUUCUCAUUCAGUUAGUUUUACACCGCGACAGUGUUUAGACGCGCUAUGGCCAGUGGCAGAAUUGUUGUUUACGGCGGCCGAGGAGCCCUUGGCGCAGCCUGCGUCAACCACUUUAAGUCUUCCAACUGGUGGGUGGCCAAUAUUGAUAUGAAUCCCAAUGAGAGUGCCGAUGUCAACAUUACCGUGCCUAAAGAAAGUUCGUGGAUUCAGCAAGAGCAACAUGUCGUGAGUGAACUUGAGGCAGCGCUUCAAGGUCAGAAAGUGAACGCUGUGAUUUGCGUGGCCGGCGGCUGGGCCGGCGGUAACGCUGCUAAGGAACUGAGCAAACAAGCGGAUUUAAUGUGGCGCCAGUCGGUAUGGUCAUCGACAAUUGCGGCAACACUGGCCGCUAAAUAUCUCACUCCAGGAGGUCUUCUCGCCUUAACUGGCGCAAAAGCUGCCCUUGAAGCGACACCUGGUAUGAUUGGCUAUGGCCUUGCCAAAGGAGCUGUCCACCAGCUUACAAAAUCACUUGGUGCUAAAGACUCUGGCCUUCCAGAAAAUUCUUUGGCCGUGGCUAUAUUGCCGGUUACAUUAGACACAGAAAUGAAUAGAAAAUGGAUGCCAAAGGCUGAUUUUAGUUCAUGGACACCACUUCCCUUUGUUGCUCAGCUGUUCGAUAAAUGGAUAAAAGGAGAAGAGAGACCACCCAGCGGCAGUUUAGUGGCACUAGUCACUAAGAACAAUGUUACUGAACUGAUUGUACAGUAACUUAUUAUCUAUUUAUUGAUUGUGGCCACAAAUGAAGAGUAAAUUGUAUGAUAUUAUAUAGAUGUAUUUGAAGACAAUAUAAUUGUCCUUACAACUUUCCAUGUACACUUGUUUGUUAGGCAUUUUAUUGUGAUUAUAAUAUCGAAUAUUUACAAAAUGGAUGUGAUUGUUAGAUUUAAGCAAUGUCUAUUUACAUAUGAUGUUUAAAUGCCAAUAUGCUUUUGAUGUAUAAUAAGUAUAAUAUCAGACAAUAAGGGAACAAAUCUCAUAAUAUUGUGUGAAUGUAUGCUUUGUUUACACUUGGAGAACGUAAUUUGUGAAAUAUAUCAACUAUAUUAAAUGUUGUUGAAACUU